AAGAAACUCAGCGCUGUGCUACAAUGUCAUCAAAUGAAAUUGCUUCCGGGAAUUUUAUUUCUGCCGCCAACAAAUAGGUAUCAAGACCAGAUGCUAUUGUUCAAGUUGCGGGGUAAUGUAGGCGGCAAACAGGCGGCUUCCAUGGAGCAAGAUUCUCAGGAAGCGCCUCCUCUAUCGAGACCAUGAUACACCCAUACUUUAUAUAGUAAUGUAGGCUAUAUACACAACCAUACAGACAUCACAUAUACAAGCCAUGAAUUCCAUACCCCCAGACGUCAUUGCAUCUUCCGUUCCCUUCCGAUUCCUCGUUGGGCCCAAUGAGCGAGAAUUCACCAUACACUCUGCCCUCUUUACGUGCCAGUCUCCCGUCCUUGAGAGAUUGGCAAACGGAAACUUUGCCGAAGCCACUGAUAAAUGUGUCAAAUGGACAUCUGUGGAUGAGGACACUUUUAUCAGAUUUUGGCAAUACACCUACACGGGGAAAUACACCGCUGCUCCUCCAGUAACCGUUACAAUUGAACCGAAACCCAAAGCCACUCCUGAACCAACACCACUACGCAUACAACCACCGAUGCCGGCUUUGUUCGAUUCUUUGCCCCCUCCCAAGAUUGUGACACCAGAAGAGCUAAAACGCAAGGCCCUGUGGAAUGCAUUUCUAAAACAGCGUUCCUCUGACCCUAUGGCCAUGUUCUACGCUCCUGGUUUCAUCCGACUUACCGGUGCCACAAACAAUCCCGUGAAUGAAGAUUAUACAAAUACCUUUCUCUCAUAUGCACGACUCUUUACUUUUGCAGAGUGUUACGGUAUUACAGCGCUAAUGACACGCUCUCUCAUUGAUCUACAUGGGACAUUGGAGAGAUUUACGUUGCACAAUGAGAGGGUCAAUGAUAUAGUCGCGCUGGUAGAUUACUGCUAUGAGAAUAUGGCUCCGGAACCGCUCAGGGAUCUAGUCACUCUGUACGCAGCCUGUAAAAUUGACAAGUUAUGGAAGAGUGAGAAAUUCUGUGCGCUUGUGGAGGCGCAUAGUGAACUAUCGAUGGCUUUGCUGGGAUUGAUGGUGAAUGAGUUAUAGACUAAAAACAUUCAUGCUAUUAUGCUCUUGUUAUGUGCAUUAUUAUGCUAGAAGUGGUCAAUAUGGAAUAUACAACGUGGAAAUGAGAUGAUAGUUUCUAUACUAUCUGGGUUGCACUG